CUUGACUAUGGUCGAAUUUCAUUAUUGGGAGUGUGGACUCUCACUGAAGGAAGGAAGGAAGGAAGGAAGGAAGGGUUUUUGUGGAUUCUUGAGGACAUGCGGCGUCUUCUGCAAACUUUGCUCCACUUUCUGCCAGCUGAAGAAAGACCCGGAGAGUGAAGAAUGAACUGAGGAGAGGAAUAGUAAAGAUGCGUGCUGCUGCCGCCGCCGCCGCGGCUCUCGCUGUACUGAGUGUUUUCUGCGGCCUCGACCAACUGUCUGCACAACGGGCCAAACCAAACCAGAACCAGACUGACAGAAACACCCAGACUGAUGAGACAGAAGUGAAGAAGAAGAAGCAGCCACACAUCAUCUUUAUCCUCAUAGACGACCAGGGCUUCAACGACAUCGGCUACCACAACCCCACCAUCAAGACCCCCACUCUGGACAAGCUGGCGGCGGAGGGCGUGACUCUGGAGAAUUACUACGUGCAGCCGAUCUGCACGCCGUCACGCAGCCAGCUGCUCACCGGCAGAUAUCAGAUCCACACAGGCCUGCAGCACUCCAUCAUCAGACCCAGCCAGCCCAGCUGUCUGCCCGCUCACAUGGACACGCUGCCCGAGAGGCUCCGCGAGGCCGGCUACUCCACACACAUGGUGGGCAAGUGGCACCUGGGCUUCUACAGGAAGGCUUGCCUGCCCACCAGAAAGGGCUUUGACAGUUUCUUUGGAUCUCUGACAGGAAGUGUGGAUUACUACAGCUACGGGUCGUGCGACGGCCCCGGGUUGUGUGGGUACGAUCUGCACGAGGACGAGAGCGUGGCGUGGGGCCAGGAAGGGAAAUACUCCACAACGCUUUUCACACAGAGAGCUCGCAAGAUCCUGGAGACUCACGACCCCACGGACAGGCCGCUCUUCCUGCUGCUCUCCCUGCAGGCAGUCCACACUCCCCUGCAGACUCCCAAGUCCUACAUCUACCCAUACCGGGACAUGGAUAACAUCGCCCGGAGGAAGUUUGCCGCCAUGGUGUCCACGGUGGACGAGGCGGUGCGAAACGUCACCUACGCCCUGAGAAAGUUGGGAUACUACAGGAACAGCGUCAUCAUCUACUCCACCGACAACGGGGCCCAGCCGUUCACAGGAGGCAGCAACUGGCCGCUGCGGGGGAGAAAGGGUACAUAUUGGGAAGGGGGAGUCCGUGGAGUGGCGUUUGUCCACAGCCCCCUGUUGAAACGCAGGAGGCGGGUCUCCAAAGCUCUGCUGCACAUCACCGACUGGUUCCCCACUCUGGUGGGCCUCGCCGGGGGGAACACCAGCCAGAGUCGGGGCCUGGAUGGAUUCGACGUCUGGCCCACCAUCAGCGAGGGGAAGGAGUCGCCCCGUCAGGAGAUCCUUCACAACAUCGACCCUCUGCACAAACCCCCGUCGCAAACCAUGAAGUGGGACGUCAGCACGGAGAGAGCUAAGGCAAAUAAAAAAAAAGGCCCAAAGAAGAAGAAGAUCCUGAAGCAGAAACCGAAGCAGAAGUCAGCGUUUAGGGUGAAGAAACCUCCAACGUUUACCCAUCAUGCAGCUAAACCUGAACCCAAACUUAAAACCAAUCCCAUUCCCAAACAAAAACUGAAGCCUGUUCCCGAACCGAAGCUUCAGCCCGUUCAAAAAUCAAAACCCAAACCCACAACCAGGACAAAGGUUUACCCCCAGACCCCGAGACUGCCACAAUACAAUCCAUCGGGUUCGGGAACAUCUCGCCCUAAACCUCAGCCUCAGAUCCAGCCACGCUUAAAGCGAAAAUCCAGGAGGAACACGUUCCAGAACUUUUCCCAAUCAAGACCGCCUCAACGUAAAUCCAAGACAGAGCACAAAUUGCAUUUCAGGUCAAAGUCCAGGAGGACGUCCUCCCAGUACCUCAACACGUCUCGGGCAGCAGCGCCGCAGCCCCGGUUCAGUUUCCCGUCAGUGUGGGACGCGUCGGUCCAGGCUGCCAUCAGAGUGGGAGACUGGAAGCUGCUGACAGGAGACCCGGGCCACGGAGACUGGGUCCCGCCACAGGUUAUGUCCACUCUCCCUGGUCGCUGGUGGAACCUGGAACGUCCCAUCUCCCCUCUCCCUAAAUCGUCCUCCGUCCGGAAGAACAUCUGGCUCUUCAACAUCACGGCGGACCCCUGCGAGCGGCAGGACUUAGCGGAGCAGAGACCGGACGUCGUGCGGCGGCUCAUGGUUCGACUGGCCUUCCACAACCAAACGGCCGUGCCCGUUUAUUUCCCGCCCGACGACCCGCGAGCCAAUCCCAGCAGGCACAGCGGGGCCUGGGUUCCCUGGGUGGAGGAAGAGGACGACGAGGAGGGGAAAUAUCACGGAGUGUACAAGAAAGGGAAGAACAAGAAGAAGAGGAAGAAGCCAAAGUGCCCGCUGUGCAAACUGCAGUCGUUCUUUCUGAAACUGAACACCGGGAUGAUGUCCAAUCGGAUCUGAGGAGUCCACUUUUUCAAAUGUUGUUUGGUACAUCGUCGCUUCCUUCAAUCAAUGAGGAAAGUGAUAACCAGGUGAGUCAAUUCCACUAAACUCAGUUGAAGGGAACCUCUUUCUUCAUCAUGUCCUUCACUUUUUAGUUUGUGCCUCUAAAACGCUUCAGCAUGUAUAAAUAUGGACAUUAUUUUACAUACAUGCAGAAGUUGAGCUGAUUUAGGCUUUUGAAAAAGGGGCACUUCUUCCAAAUCACAAUCACACAUCUGGCCAUGCAGAUACAGUCAUGUUCAUUUUAUUUGCCAAGGUUUGGAAAACACUUGUCUUAGGUAAUAAUUGUUGGAAAUGUUCCUAGUUCUUGUGCCUUAAUCUUGGAAAUUAGCGAUCGUCCUUCGUAGAAACAGCCGUGAUGUGGAACUGUGUGUCUUUUUCUGUCAUGGGUGAACUGAGCCUUUUAAUUCCUACCUUUUCUGAUGGUAACGUGGGUUUUCUUGAGUGUUGUUCCCUGAUUUAUUAUGUAAUUAUAUUUACUGUGUUUUUCACAAGUGAGGAAAAAGCAAGUCUGAUUUUGAUUCAUAAGUUCUUUCAUUAUAAUCCAUUUUUCUUUGUCACUUUGAAACUGACAGAGCUCUUGACAGAAGGGCCAACACUGUGUGACAGAAAUGUAAUUCUACUAACUUUGAGCAAACUGAAAGCAGAGCCUCUGUUAUCAAUCAUCUGUAAAGUGACAGUUAUCAAUGAAUGUGUACACCAAGUGUUUAAACUUAAAGAGGCCCUAUCGUGCUGUCGUGUGUUCUAUAGAUUUGUGUGCACGUCAAUGGUCCAUUGGACUCCUUUGUCUGCUUAUGGGAGAUAAUGACAUCCCUAUGUAGCACUCGGCUUCCAUUGGUUAGCACUCCAACACAUUGUAUGUGAUAGGCUAAGGGGCGGGACUUCUCUAAGCCGUUGACCAAUCACAACAGAGCCCAAUCAGAGCAGUCUGAGCUCUGGUUUCAGACAGAGGGUGAAAAGAGGUGCUGAAAAAUAAAGAGCUUUUUGAACAUUAAAGCAUGGAGACAUGUCAUAAAGUGGCAUUACAUACAAAUCUGAACCUGAAAAUCUGCACAAUAUGACCUCUUCAAGCAUCUGUCUUAGGUUUUGAAACAAAUGUUUACUUUUAACAGUGAAAUUGCAUGAUUGUGAUAUUUGUUUCUAGAAAUCUGUUACUGUUUUCAUUUGUUGUCACUGAUAAACUCUGUAAAAGGACAAGAAGGUUUGAAUAUCUUUACAUCUUUCUAAUAUUUGUUGUGUGAUGUAUUGAUUUCCUUUCUGUGUGAAUGUGGCCGUUUGAAAGUAUCGCCAUUGACAUAUUUUGACUAUAAAUGUAAUCUAUGUAUUUAAUUCACUUUAUUCUACUGUGAGUAGCAGAAAAGGACAUUUACAUUACAUACAUUGCAUUACAUGUUGCUUGGGGAUUGAACUGAGCCACAGCCUCCCUGACAUGUCAUAGUCGAAGUCAUUUUAAACAAAACUGUAUUUUUAAGCAUUUUCAAGUCAUUAAAAGACAAAGAUUUUCUUUUAAUUAUAGGGUUUAAUUUCUAACAAUGUUGGUUAAAUGUCUGCUGGAUUUAAGGAACAUUUUAAAUCAUUUAAAUCUUUAAAUAAAUAAUUGAAAUUAAAUCAUUUAAUCUUUAAAAGAGUCAUUUUUUAAAAAUGGAAGCGCUGAAAUAAGUUGACGGAUAAAUGUUACCCUGCUCUGGUUUUCCUUUUCCUACUGAGAGCUGUGUGAAUAAUAUUUACGACCGCUUUUCCCUCAAGCUAUCACAUUUCACAGAAAAUAUUUGUCGUUUUAAAAACCCACGUACAUAUUCAGAAAGCAGACGGGAGGAAGUGUGGCAGCAAAACUAGAAACCUCUUUGAUGUUGGUUUGCUCCCUUUGAGCAGGACACCUAACCUCGAAAUAUUUUGGAGUAUUUGCACAAAAUUUAACAAACCACGCCUGUGGCUCUGUGCAGAGUGAGCGUGCAGCUGAGAGCACCUGAGAAAACCUUUAGAUGUCCUCACCCUGAGUAAAUAAAGGUCAAAUAAAAUGAA